GGCCGGGGCGGGGUUGAGGAUGCCAUCUCCGGGCUGAGGCCGCGCCGGUUUAAUGUCUGCUCUUCGGCCGGAAUAAGAUGUUCAAGUGAGCCAGAGGCGAAGAACCAGUUUAAUCUUCACAGCUGCGGGCCAGGAGAGAUCUUAGGGGAACUGAGACACAGUCUUUGGAAACUCUUUGAAACCUCUAAAACACAUUGAACAAAUGGUUGCCUGCGGAUACCAUGACGGUCACGGUGGUGUAUGAUAAUUCAGAGGCAACGGAGCUCUGUGCGGCUCAGCACCUCUACCUCAAGCCCAUAGCAAAGUUGAUGAUCAAUGUAUUGCUCCCUGAGAGCACGGAACCCACGAGGCCCUUCUCUAACUGGGAAGUUCUUGACCAGCUGAAGAGCCUGAUUUGUCCUGACCAGUUCACCACAGUGCGGCUCUCCAAGAGCACUAAGGACUUCAUCCGAUUUGAGGGGGAGGCUGAAACUCGAAGUUUGGUUCAGAUCCUGAAGGCCAAGUUACACGGGAAGAUCAUCAAGCUAAGCGGUUUGAAAACAGACUUAAGAGUAGUGGCCACAGAUGCCCAGGGGGAGUGGGAACACUUCCCCAAAGAAAAGGGGGCGCCGUUGGGUGACGGGUCUGAAGAGCAGGACCACGAUAAGAGCCCAGAUUCCAUAUACUUCGAAGGCCUGCCCUGCAAGUGGUUUGCACCUAAAGGUUCCAGCGGGGAGAAGCCGUGUGAAGAGAUCCUUCGGGUGGUCUUUGAAAGUUUUGGGAAGAUCAAGAAUGUGGAUAUUCCGAUGCUCGACCCCUACCGAGAAGUCAUGACUGGUGGGAGCUUUGGGGGGUUCAGCUUCGGCUUGCAGACGUUCGAGGCCUUUAUACAGUACCAGGAGUCAACUGACUUUGUAAAGGCCAUGGAGUCCCUCCGCGGGAUGAAGCUGAUGCUUAAAGGAGAUGAUGGGAAAGCUCUGGCAUGUAACAUUAAGGUUAUGUUUGAUACAACCAAACACUUCAGUGAAGGAGCUAUAAGGAGGAGAAAUCAAGAAAGGCUGAAAUUACAAGAGCUGGAGGAAGAAAGGAAAAAAGAAAAGAAGAGAGAAGAGGAAGAGGCUGAAAGAAAGAGAAAAGAGGAGGAGAGGAAAGCCCAGGAAAAGAGGAGAAAGGCCAGAGUCAGGAGGCACGCCCUGAAGGAAAGGGACAGACACCGGCAAAGGAGACCGAAGGACAGUGCCAAAGCGGAGGCCCGUCAGGGGCCCAACUCUUCCGAGGACUGGGAGGAGAGGAAGGGCCUGCUGGCCCGGAGGCGGCUGGAGGCCCUCCGCCUGCUGCGGGCGCUCCUGAGGAAAAUCGCAGGGUCUAUACAAUUUAACCCACGGGAGGUAGAUGUUGCAGGCUCCAAAGCUAACCGUGCUCCGGGGACCACACUGGGAGCUCUGAAGAAAGAAGAGUUAAACACUCAGUAUCUUCAAAAUCAGGAGGAAAUGCCAAGAUACCAGGUUUCCAAGUCAGAUAACAAGCGAAAACAAAAAAUGAAGAAAAGAGCUACGGCUCACUUACGGAAAUCUUCCCACCACCUUGGGGAAAAAAAAUUAAGAUAUUCAGCUAGAAGAGAGAGAACUGGAAAAUUAUUAACCAGUGAAUACAAUCACAGUUUCCUCCCCGAUCGGAAUUCUUUGCAAAUUGCAAUGAUUGAAGGUCAAUCUCUUGAGAAAGAAGACUACCAUGGUUCUAAUAAAUCCUGUUCUUCCAGAUUAGUUGAGCGAGACCAUGGCAGGAAACAGAAGAUCUAUGAAACAGAUGAAUUUAUUGACUAUCUUUUAAACUAUUAUCAAACUCCAAAAUACGCCCGUAUCUGCCUAGAUCCAAGUCACCUGACGAGCACAUGUCAGUGGCAGAGGGCCGUCCAUGCGAAAGGAAGUGGAUUUCAAAUCAAUUUGAGAAAACAUAAGAGUCAUUUUACCAGUUUGAGCCAAAUGCAAAACCUAGAUAGGAGAGAACAGGUGCAAGAGGACGAUUCCUGGACGAAGAUUUGUGCUCAGGAUCCUGAGCAUAAACCACAAAAGAGGGGAAAAGUGGAUUAUGCCAAAGAAUGUAGAACGUUUAAGGGGGUUAAACAUCAUUGCAAGGACACAGUAUGUGAAGCUGGUGGUCGGCCAUCCCCAACUUUUGGAAAGAGCCAUCUGUUGGAACAGACUCAUGCUUACCAGGUCCAAGAUUCCAUAUCCACAAGUCAAAGCCAAGUUUCCUCGCCCAACAGGUCAGCAGACUUUGAUUUGGAGUUGACAGAUUUCUUAGAGGAAAUUAGCAGUGAUUCUGAAUGUUUCAGUGAAAUCCUUAGCAUAAACAAAGAGGGGAAAGAGAAAUCUGUGGCCACAUAUGAUAGCUCCCCAGAAGAGGGAUCUCUUGACACUGAUGAAAUCAUCACUUGCGAUUCAGAAAUUCGGUCAAGUCAGCAAACCUUGUAUUCAGAGUGGAAACAUGAGGAGGAAAAAUACUCUAAAAACGAGCUUCGGAAACCAGGCAAGAGGUCAAAUUAUGAACUGAGAUGUUCAUGGCUUGAGUGUGAAAACCAUUCUAUUAGAGAUGAGAAGAGCAACAGCAAAAAGAGGGAAAUAUUGGCCCCCAAAUACUUAUUUGAUAAAAGCUACCACCACGAAUCCAGUGCCAGUGAUCAAUUAGACACUGUCACAAGAAAGAGGAGGCGGUUUAGUGAUAGUACAUUUGACCAGAAAGUGAACUAUAGGCCCUUUCAUGUGCCAAUAACAUCAUCAAGAAGUGCUAAUGCUUCCCAUUUGGGGGAUUUUCCCAAAAGAAGAGAGGCUCCACGGAAGUCAGAAUAUAACCAGGAUGCAAGGAGGUUUAAAAGCUAUGAGAAUUCUGAAGAUUUCAUGCUGAAUUCUGACAAUUACUAUAUCAGACAUAACAGUCAGGAGCACAUUGACUACGGAAGCUAUUUAGGAAACAACCACACUAGUUCUUUAUAUUUUCAAAUGUUUUGAAGGUCUCUUCGAUCAGGAAACUCUUACUCACAAUAAAAAUGUGCGAGAAGAAAAUUUCAGACCAAAUGUAGCUAUGUAGUUAGCAACUACAGAGCAAGAGAGCAACGCCUAGGAGCACGAACAAGGUCAGAUGCAAAACCUUGUUUCUCUUGCCAAAGUAUAAAGCAUAGAUCUAAGUGUGUGUGUGUGUGUUGCAGGUGUGUUGGCAAACUUUGGAAACACAAAACAUCCAGAUUCUGAAGGUUGGUAAAACAAUGUGCUUGCAAAACUUCCUUAUCCAAGGACAGACAUUUCUACAGUUCGAUUGCAACUUUAAUUUGGUGCCAUCAAAGGAGCAAGUUAACGUCGAGAGGAGUUAAGAUAGCCCUCUAUGGCUCUUCCGCUGUCAUAACGUUAUCAUUUAGCAUCACUUAUCUUCAGAGGGAAUGGCAGUGAAUGAGUAAUGAUCUUUUUACUUGUUCUUUAAUUUGGUCAGAACACCAUGUGCAGCAACAAACUUUCCUGACUUUUAUCUAGAAAUACCUAUAGAUAAAAGAGGAGAGAUGACACCUAGAACAUAUAAUAGACUGCUUCAGGACAUUAGGCAGUUCCAUGAGCAUCCACUGGAAGGAAGUUAAUCUUAUUAAUAUGUUCACAGGACUCAAAGAGUUGUCCUUUUAGAAACAAAGCCUUGGAAGAAGAAUCUAAAAGGGGCUCAGAUUGUCCUUUGAGGUUUACACAGAUAGUGGACCAUUAGCAGAGUUGUUUUUUUGGAAGAACCCCAUGUCAUUCCAUCCUAGAAAAGCAACAGGAUUGAAGCGAUAUAACGUGGGAUUUGCCAAAGGAAAUAUUGAACGAUCCUGGGGCACCAGUAAUGGCACUUGGGAAGAGAGGACGUGACAGUAUUCCAUUUCAGGUUAUGUAAUCCUUUCACUCAGGGUUGGGUGACAUCAGUUUGUAAAAAGCCACUGACUAUCCCCAAACUGACUUUUAUAAAACAGUAACAAGUGCCUCCUCAAUCCUCAAUAAUGCCAUGGAGUUAGGAAGAGUCAUGGGUAAAGCCCAUCGUUUUCUAGCGGGGGAAAAAUUGUAUGUGUGCCGGAUUUGUAAACUCUUAACAUAAGCAAUUUAUCUUUUUACCUACUGGUUUUGGACUCCUUGAAUAUGUUUUUAAAUUGAGAUAUUUUAUAGAUUCAUAAAGAUAUACAUCUUAAUGCAGUGCCCCCCCCCCAGGGGGCAGUAGAUGACUGUUUUUCUUCCAACGAAGCUAUAGCUGACAUGGCAAUUGAAGACCUCAAUGAGAUUAGAUUGCCUGCAGUGGGGAAAAGGUGAUUUUAAUCCACUGAAGUAGUGGAAGGCAACAUUUUCAUAUGACAUGAUUCAUUUCAAACAGUCCUAACUUGAUAGUCCGUAGAAAAGUACCAGCUGGUAAAGCCAAGGUAGGAUGCCAGUCAUUGUGGUUGCCCAGAAUGUGUGCUCCUAACCACCCUCCUGAGCGACCUGAUAUCUGAAAUGGCUAUAAAAUCUUCUAAUUGAUCUAAAGUAAGAGCCACAAGUUGUUUCGUUGAUCUCCUCUCAUCGCACUUAAUAGAGGUAUGCCAGUACAAGCAAAAGUUCAGACAUGAAUGUAACAUAGCAGAUUGAUUAUAUUUAUUAUCAGUGAAUGAUUUGUCGGCUCCCUUAUAUUCAAUUCCACUUGCAAGCCAGUGACUCUGCCAUGAAAACCAGGCUUGGCCUGUCCGAUCUGAAACAUCGCUCCUAGGGCGAGUGCCUUUUCUCCUCUGAGGAGAAGUACUGUUGUCCGGAGUAGCCUUUUAAACUACUAACAGCUUGUAUUUUGUCAGACAACUUUUGGUAACCAGCUAUUAUUCUCCUCCAAUGAGACCCCACCUCCUUAUUUUUCCAUGUUUCGUGCCCUUGAAACAAAGAGCAUUAUGGGUUUGUAAUGGAAAGCAGCUAUGCUUGUUUUGAAAAAGAAAAAAAAACCAACUCAAUCUCUUCUGUCAUUUGAUAAUUUUUCUUUGCAGAGAUUUUAGGCGUGAAAACAAUUUGCUGGUCAGUAACCAGACAUAAAAAAAUAAAUUGCAGAAUACAGCAUGUGCAAUUAAAAAUUUUUUUUUGUAUAAUAGAACUGGUGCUAAGUCACUUCUAUAUAGUAUUUUCUUCUUGUUUUGUUUGCUAAAUACCAUCCUGGGACCUAGAAGAAAGUAAAAAUACUGGUUUUAUGUUUACUUUCCGUACAGCCUUGGAUUUUUAUGUCUCGUGGUAAUGAAUUCUAGAUUUGAGUAAACCUUUCUUUUUGGUGUGUGUAGGCCUUAAACAAGGAAGAGAACAGUUUAUCCUGAACUUUUCAAAUGAAUGGCUUAGUAAGGAAUGAAAUAGAGCCGAAAAAUGUUGUGAUCACUUUCUGUUAAUUACCAUUGUUAUUCUUUGUUGUGCUGUUGUUUAAGUGGUGCAGAAGUAUCUUCUCAUAUCUUUUUCCUAUGUCCAAUUAAGUGAGGGCCUGAACUUUAAGCUGUGUCUUUUAAAGUAGGUGUUUUUAUGUUUUUCCUUGUACGUGCUGCUAAUAGUGCUUUAAGAAAGCUAAAAAUCUGUCAGUUUUUGUUCAAUUUGUUUGAAUUUCUCAGGUAGAAAGCCAUGUAACCUGGUAAUUUGGAAAAUAAGAACCAAAUAAAUGUAUUUUCAUUUCUUGCAAGACUGCUCAAAAUGUGAACUUUUAAAUAAAUGCUGAUAA